AUGCUGUUUGCCAUUUGGGCCUGCGCCCACAGUAUCCUCGAAAGGGGAUACUAUGGCAAACACAUCUACAUUUGUAGUGACAGCCACACUGCGUUCAGACUUGUACACAGCCCCGUGGUCAAGUCAGGGCUGGUGAAGGACUGUGUAGACUUGUUGACACGGCUAGGCAGUGACAACAGAGUAAGGUUGCUCUGGGUGCCGGGUCACAGUGGCGUUCAGGGCAACGAAAGGGCGCACGAGCUUGCCAGACUUGGAGCUUCACGGCACGAUCUGGCAAGCCAAUGCCACAUCAGCGUGUYAGAGGGGCUCAUGCGGUGGAGAUCUAAGAAGUGGGCUACGGACCGCUUCAGGGAUCUCUGGGUGCAAGGCCCUGGCAUGAGGCACACGAAGGCUCUGUUUUCAGGGCCUUCGGAGGAGCUAGGUGCCGAGCUGAUCAACCUGGACCGAGCACAAUUGAGGCUGAUGAAAUACUAUGGCCGAUUAGAAUUGGCAAAAUCAAAAGAAGAAUCAGUGAGAGACAUUCUUCAAGGUAGACGAUUAUUGUACGUAGUUCAUUUUCCAAUAACAGAACCAUUACCAGUAUUAAGAAAAUUAUUGUUCAAUGGACAAUUAUAUUGCAGUGGUCCACGUGUAACAGGACCAAUUGUAUCUUCAAUCUUUUUGAAAUACACAUUCUUUCCAUCAAGACCAUUAAUUAUUUCAGCUGAUUCUGAUAAUGAUAAUAAUAAUUUUGAUGAACGACCAAAUUUCAAUAAUUUUAUACCAUCGUUCAAUCAAAAUGAACGAUCAGACUUUAUAACAAAACCACCAUUACAAACAUCAAGACCAUUACAAACGUCAAGACAAUUAUUACCAUUAACAACACCAACACCACCACCAUCAUUAUCAUCACGUUUAAUAUAUAACAAUUAUGAAGAUUGUGGAAGAGAAAAUAUACUAAAUAAAAAUAGUAAUCCUUUGAUAGCUACAGGUGUUGAAACUAAACCAAACGAAUGGCCUUGGUUGGUUGCAAUAUUUAUUUUUCAAUUAAAGGCUGAAUUUCAAUGUACAGGUACAUUGGUCACCAAUAAACACAUUAUUACAGUGGCACAUUGUACAAGGUUGAAUGACUCGUUUGUACCAGCCAAUACCAUGCUUGCUUCAUUAGGUCGUUAUCAUUUAUGGGAUCAGAGAGAAAAAGGUUCGAUCUAUCGUGAAAUUAAAGAAUACAAAAUACAUCCUGAUUAUAAAAAUAAACAAUAUGAUCACACUGCUGACGCUGAUAUUGCUGUUAUGAUAUUACGAGAAACAGUUGAAUUUUCAAUAUCAAUUAAACCAAUUUGUUUGUGGACUGGAUCAAACGAUUUACGAGAUAUCGUUGGAUCUGAGGGACACGUUAUAGGUUGGGGUAAAAAUGAAUUUGGUCAAUUUUUGAAUGAACCAAGAAAAGCUGUUGUACCAAUCGUUUCUCAGGAAGAUUGUUUAUGGAGUAAUCCAAUUUUUGUCAAUAUUACAUCAAAUCGUACCUUAUGUGCUGGUUUUAGAAAUGGUAGUGGACCAUGUAAUGGUGACAGUGGAAGUGGUUUGCUAAUACGUAGGAAAGAUGGACGCUAUUAUUUACGUGGUGCUGUCUCACAUUCAAUUUUAGAUGGUGCAACCAAGUCAUGUGAUCUUAACAAUUAUAUUGUUUACGUUGACCUAACGAAAUACAUAGAUUGGAUACGUUUACAGAUUUCUUCUUAAAAUGGUCAUUGCGUUUAUUAUUUAUAAAAUAUUAACCAAUAUUUUUUCUUCAA